AUUGACAAGGCCGUGGGAUCGGAUUCAAGAGUAACUGUGGACAACGGCAAUGAGGAGGAGGAGGGGUGAAACGGGCAACUAAACAUCGGUAUAAGUGUGCUUAGAUCACGUGGUGUCGCCACUCGAGGGCAGAGCUGCACUAGUAUUGCACCAGCUAAGUGAUCCCGUUGUAGACAAGGUUUUAAUCUGAAAAGUUGCCAUGCCGUGCAGGUCAUCACUGGUGUGCUUAGGACUGGUAUUCAUUAUUGCACUUACGUUUACGAGAGGUUCAGCCCGAUCAUUCCAAGCCUCACUAGAUCAAAGAGAGCGACAGGAUAUUAUGGUGUUAGCGGCGAGAAUCAUAAAAAUUGCUAUGUCAGCGUCUUCUUCCUCCAAUGAUGUGAUGGAUAAACGUAAUGCAGGGACAAUCGACUCCUUGUACAAUUUACCUGACUUAUUCGCUGCCGGAAGAUGAAUGUCAAUUUACUAUGGUUGAAUUGUUGAUUCCGUCGCCAUGCAUUAAAUCUGUUGUACAG